AUGUGCCGAAAUGCUUUGCUCUCUGCUAAUUUUGAAAUGGACAUAAAGGGUCAGAUGUCACUUUACCAAGACCAAAAUGGUGAGGUAUGGUUGACUGGUACUUAUCAGUAUGGCUUUCAAAAACCGGGUACCUGGGAUUAUGGUUGGACAAUUCAGAAUGGUUGUGGAGAUAUUCUUUAUAACCUUACCGAUGAGUUAGCUAUGGAAUAUGCAAAAGAUAGUACAUGUGAUGGUUAUGACGAUUCAAAAUCAAGUUAUCAUAGAAAGAGAGGUAGUUAUUUUGAUAAGAGACAUAAAAAACAUGAAGAUAAAUGUGAAAUUGGGGCAUGGG